AUUUUGAAGGCAGGCGAUUGGAGCACAGCGCGGGGGUGAGGACGCCCGCCGUCAGCAUACACGCUGCCCUACUCAACCAUUAACCUGUCAAUUCAACGCAUAGCAAGCUUUUUUGAGCGCAAAAUCGAGGUGAAUAUCCAGGACGCUCUUGCUCGCUGAAUUGAGAACGAUUUUUAAUUCUUGAAGUGUGUCCGAGACGGGAAGACAUGGCCACGACCACAUGUACGCGCUUCACGGACGAAUAUCAGCUGUACGAGGAGCUGGGCAAGGGAGCGUUUUCAGUGGUGCGACGAUGUGUGAAGUUGAGCACGGGCCAAGAAUAUGCCGCCAAAAUCAUCAACACCAAAAAACUCUCUGCAAGAGACCAUCAGAAGCUCGAACGAGAAGCUCGAAUCUGUCGUUUGCUGAAGCACCCCAAUAUCGUUCGUCUGCAUGACAGUAUAUCAGAGGAGGGCUUCCACUACCUGCUGUUUGAUUUGGUGACUGGAGGUGAACUGUUUGAAGACAUUGUAGCUAGAGAGUACUACAGCGAAGCAGAUGCCAGUCACUGUAUCCAUCAGAUUCUAGACAGUGUCCAUCAUAUUCACCAACAUGACAUAGUGCACAGGGACCUGAAGCCAGAGAAUCUGCUCUUGGCCAGUAAGUGCAAGAACGCUGCUGUGAAACUGGCCGACUUUGGACUGGCCAUUGAGGUGCAGGGAGACCAGCAGGCAUGGUUUGGAUUUGCAGGGACACCAGGUUACCUGUCCCCCGAGGUGCUGAGGAAGGAAGCAUAUGGCAAGCCCGUGGACAUCUGGGCUUGUGGUGUGAUUCUGUACAUUCUUCUGGUUGGAUAUCCACCUUUCUGGGAUGAGGAUCAGCAUAAACUUUACCAACAGAUCAAAGCAGGAGCUUAUGAUUUUCCAUCUCCAGAAUGGGACACAGUUACUCCUGAAGCCAAAAAUCUCAUCAAUCAAAUGCUAACCAUAAACCCUUCCAAGAGAAUCACAGCACAGGAAGCUCUCAAACACCCAUGGGUCUGCCAACGCUCUACUGUGGCCUCCAUGAUGCACAGACAAGAGACUGUGGAAUGCCUGAAGAAGUUCAACGCCAGAAGGAAACUCAAGGGGGCCAUCCUCACCACCAUGCUUGUGUCACGGAACUUCUCUGUGGGUAGCAGGCAGACCACGGCUCCCGCCUCGGUCACUGCGGCUGCGGCUGCAGUAGCCGCGGCUGCAGGCACCACAGCAGGGCUGGUGGAACAAGCAGCCAAGAGCUUGUUGAACAAAAAAGCAGACGUUAAGAAGCGGAAGUCGAGCUCUACCAUUCAGUACAUGCCCCAGACAAACAGCACCAAAAACAGCAUAGUCACCAGUCCCAAAGGAAACCUCCCCUCUCCUGCACUGGAGGCACAGACCACUGUCAUCCAUAAUGUAGUGGAUGGGAUUAAGGAGUCAUCGGACAGCAGUAAUGCCACUGUGGAGGACGAGGAAAUGAAAGCUGCCACUAAGUUCACUGAUCUAUUGGGUGUGGUACGUCGGGGCUCGGUGCCCACAUCUGAUGUUGAGGGUGGAAGCACUAUCACUCCAGCUGUUGUUUCUGCCCCCUCCACUCCUCAGACCCCCAGCAUUCCCAUACAGAUGUCACGUUUGACUGACCUAGUGAGCAGUGUGCGCAGACCUACAGCCCCUCAAACAGACAGUGAGCCAUCAGCAGCCAGCAGACCCCUUACUGCCCCAGUAUAUGUCCCGUCACACCCCUCCCCUUCCCCUGCCCAACCGUCCUCCAGCCCCCUGCCAUCAGCACAUUCACGCAAACAGGAGAUCAUCAAAAUCACUGAGCAGCUUAUUGAGGCCAUCAACAAUGGCGACUUCGAAGCCUAUGCUAAAAUCUGCGACCCUGGACUCACCUGCUUUGAACCUGAGGCCUUGGGAAACCUGGUGGAGGGGAUGGACUUCCACAGAUUUUACUUUGAGAACUUGCUGUCUAAGAACAGUAAGCCCAUCCACACCACCAUCCUCAACCCUCACGUGCACCUGAUUGGAGAGGAGGCCGCCUGCAUCGCCUACAUCCGCCUCACGCAAUAUGUGGAUGGGCAGGGCCGGCCGCGCAGCAGCCAAUCAGAAGAGACGAGGGUGUGGCAUCGUCGCGAAUCCAAAUGGCAGAAUGUGCAUUUCCACUGUUCGGGAGCUCCAGCCGCCCCUCUACAGUGAAGGUUGAGCACAUUGUAGCCACAUCUAACAAGAGCGCCCAGCCACAAAUGAAGAGUGAAAGAGAGAGAGGGGGGGGGGGGGUGGUUGGAGAGUGGGAGGAAGGAAAGAGAGCCCAGUGAUGGGUGGCUGUGAGUCUGCAGAGCUUGACCCUCCCACACUGGGCCCCGCCCCCUCGCCUGUCAAUCCCCUCACCUGCCAAUCACUUUUGUGCAUCGUCUUUUGUCUUACCUUCAACUUUACCCCCUGUCUCCCUCCCUCCCUCCCAGACACGUCCCUGUAUCUUUACACCCGUGCAGAGACUCUUUGUUGUGCACAUGUGCUGUGUGGAUUUGGACAGUCUUUGAUUAGUACGGAUAAAAAGGCCUCAGCGAGUCGUCUGUGAAAAGCCAUGCUUUCCGUCGCACCUUCCCAGUGUGAAUAAUGUUGCACUGAUUCGCCGUCCUCACUUACAGUGUGUAGAUUUUCAAGAUAAUUGUUAUAAUUAUUAUUAUGAUUAAUAUUGUUCUUACUGUUGUUAUUAGUAUUAAAUACAAAGGCAAUUGUACGUGUCACUUACACAA